AUGGGACUAUGUGGAUCGAAGGCAAAAGGGUGCGUGGGCGUAGGUCAUAAAGAACAUGGAGAUGUUCCAGAUGGUGAAUUAGCACCAAAAAUUAACGCAAGAACACAUGGCAGAAAACGAAGAAGACGAAUUGGUAGGAAGUCGAAGACUGAUGCUGCAAAUAAGUAUUCAUCUCGGAACAAAAUCGAUCCUUCUGCUGGUGCAUCGAAUUCCAUGGAUCGUCGCUCAUUCCGUAACCCAACAUUUCAAGAAUGUUGGUAUGAUACUGCAAAUGGGAUCGAUUCUGAUGGAGAUGAAGAUUUCUACAGCACACAAGAUGAUAUCAUGUCUCAAAACGGUUCCAUUAGUGCAUCUGUAACUCCAAGAUUUUCAGAUCAAGUACAACAAGGAUCUUCAACCUUCUCUACAUCCGAUUCACUAACAAAACCAAAUGAAGCAUCACAAUCUUCCAUAGAUGGAGCAUCUACUUUAUACGCAAAUGGGUCCCACAAUAUUGGAAUUUUACAAAAUAAUUGCCUCCCAUGUCUAAAUUGCACCACCUCAACAGAUGUAAAGAGUAGUAAAUCACCAUGUUCAAGUCCUCCUCCAAGUGCAAAAAAGAAAGUUACAUCUAUGCUUUCUUUCAAAUGGAGGGAAGGCCAAUCAAAUCUUUCCAUAUUCUCCCCAAAAGCCGUGAUUCAAAGACCAAAAGCCGGCUCACAGGUUCCAUGUUGUCCAAUUGACAAGAAAAUGUCCGAUUGCUGGUCCCCACUUGAACCAUCUACUUUUAAAGUCCGCGGACAUAAUUAUUUAAGAGAUAAAAAGAAAGAAAAUGCUUCAAAUCAUGCGGCUUUUUAUCCGAUUGGAAUGGAUGUGUUUUUAUCUCCACGUAAAAUUGACCAUAUCGCCCGUCUUGUUGAGCUUCCGAAUUUCGAAUCUUCCGGAAAAGUCCCUCCUUUACUUGUUGUAAAUCUUCAGAUACCCCUCUAUCCUCCCGCUUUAUUCCAACAUGAAUACGAUGGAGAAGGAAUGAGCUUCGUGUUUUACUUCAAGCUCUCGGAGAACUACGAAGAACUCCCUCCCCAUUUUCAAGAAAACAUAAGGAAAAUGAUCGAUGAUGAGGUGGAAAGGGUUAGAGGUUUUCCGGUAGAUACAAUUGCACCAUGUAGAGAAAGAUUAAAGAUUUUGGGAAGAGUGACAAAUUUAGAAAAUCUUCAAUUAAGUGGGGGUGAAAGGAAAUUAAUGAAUGCUUACAAUGAAAAACCUGUUCUUUCACGUCCUCAACAUGAAUUUUAUCUGGGGGAGAACUAUUUUGAGAUUGAUUUGGACAUGCAUAGAUUUAGUUACAUAUCUAGAAAAGGUUUUGGAGCAUUUCAAGAGAGGUUAAAGCAUUGUACUCUUGAUUUUGGGCUCACAAUCCAGGGGAACAAGGCCGAAGAGCUGCCAGAAUGCAUGUUGUGUUGCAUUCAUUUGAAAGAAAUUGAUUACAAUAAUUACAAUCUUCUUGGACUAUAAAUCAGGGUUUUUUUUUUUUUUUUGGUAUUUCAAGAAUAGAUAUUGAAAUAAAAGUGAUAUAUAGAAAAUGAUGUACAGCUUCUAAA